CCCACCUCAUACUAUUUUAUUGUCAGUGGAAUAGCUCUGGCGAUGAAUGGCCGCCUCGUUCAGUGUGGUCCGACAAUUCCAUUUUAUUGCAAUUCAUUUUUUUUAUAAUUGAUUAUACACAUCCCCAAGACAUCUAAUUAUCUCAUUACACUCGGUUUUUCAGAGCUUGAUUUUGCUGAGAUUAUUGGGAUCGGUUUAAAAAAGAAGCUAAUAAAAAUAAUAAUAUAAAAUGGAGAAGACAGCGGAUGGGUUCCAUCAAGACCGGAACAAUGGAGCUGAAGAUGUCACUAUGACAUUAGUCAACAGCGACGAGAGAGUCGCUAUUCUUGACGCUGGUGCUCAGUAUGGGAAAGUAAUUGAUCGUAAAGUACGUGAAUUGAAUGUACAGUGUGAGAUACUACCUUUGGACACUCCAGCGUUUACUCUUAAAGAGAAAGGAUACAAGGCGAUUAUAAUUUCUGGAGGACCUAGUUCUGUUUACGCAGAAGAUGCGCCGAGAUAUGAUGGUGAUAUAUUCCGAAUAGGUAUUCCAGUACUGGGUAUUUGUUAUGGGAUGCAAAUGAUGAACAAGGAGUUUGGUGGUACUGUGAAUAGAAAGGAAGGACGUGAAGACGGACAAUUUUUAAUAGAAGUUGACACCAAGUGCCUGUUAUUCAAGGGCUUGGAAAAAGAUCAAUUAGUUUUACUCACUCAUGGAGACAGUAUAGACAGGGUUGCUGAUUGUUUUCGUGCAACAGCUAAAUCAUCAAAUUUUAUUGUUGGAAUAUCAAGUGACAAAAUGAAUUUAUAUGGAGUACAAUUUCAUCCCGAAGUUGAUCUUACGACAAAUGGUAAACAAAUGUUACAUAAUUUUUUGUUCGGUAUCGCUGGUUUGACUGGUAACUAUACAAUGCACGACCGAGAAGCCCAGUGCAUUCAAUAUAUUAAAGAGACUGUUGGCAGCAACAAAGUGUUGUUGUUGGUUAGCGGAGGAGUUGACUCAACAGUAUGUGCGGCAUUAUUACAUAAAGCAUUGAACAAAGAACAAGUGAUUCCAUUGCAUAUCAACAAUGGAUUUAUGCGCAAAGGAGAAACACCGUUUGUUGAACAGAGUUUAGCUGAACUGGGUGUUAAGCUGCGUGUUGUCAAUGCAACACAUAAUUUUAUGGAGGGAACAACGUCUGUACCACUGGAUCAUGUAUCACCGGCAAAUAUUAUUAACAAUAAGGGCAUUGGUGUUACGGCUAUUGGACCGAGGACUAGAAUAACUAAAAUGCUGUGUCAGACAACAAAUCCUGAGGAAAAACGUAAAAUAAUUGGUGAUGUCUUUGUCCGGGUUGCUAAUGACGCUAUGACGGAAAUGGGAUUGAAACCUGAACAAGUUUUUCUUGGACAGGGUACGCUCAGGCCUGAUCUUAUUGAAAGUGCUAGUGCACUUGCCAGUGGCAAAGCAGAUGCUAUUAAAACCCAUCACAAUGACAGCGAACUUGUAAGAGCCUUGAGAUCACAGGGUCGUGUUGUUGAACCACUUAAAGAUUUUCAUAAAGAUGAAGUACGACAGAUUGGAUGCGACUUGGGAUUACCAGCGCCGCUUGUUCAACGACACCCGUUCCCUGGUCCCGGUUUAGCCAUACGUAUUUUGUGUGCUGACGAACCUUUUAUGGACAAAGAUUUUUCGGAAACUCAGGUAAUUGUAAAAAUAAUGGCUGAGUACGAACAAAUGCUGCAGAAAAAACACGCACUAUUAAAUCGUGUCGAAAGUGCAACAAGUGAAUCAGAACGUCAACAUUUACGCAGAGUUUCAAGUGAAAAUCAUAUUGCGGCGAUAUUAUUACCAAUUCGCAGUGUUGGAGUACAAGGCGAUCGAAGGAGUUAUAGUUACGUCGUAGGGUUAUCGUGUCAGGGACUUAAGCCGGAGGAGGAACUGCCACUAGAGAGCGUAGUCUGGGAAGAUUUAUUGUUCCUCGCAAGACUGAUUCCCCGUGUCUGUCACAACGUAAAUCGCGUCUGCUAUAUAUUCGGACCGAUAGUCCAGCAUCCAAUAACUGACAUAACACCAACGCACCUCACGUCAAACGUCAUCUCGACACUCAGACAAGCCGAUCACUUGGCCAACCAAGUUCUCGCCUCAAAUAACUGUAUAAAUGCAAUCAGUCAGAUGCCAGUUGUAUUGAUUCCGGUGCAUUUUGAUCGCGACGCUGCAUCUCGGGUGCCUUCAUGUCAACGUUCUGUUGUACUCAGGCCUUUUUGUUCAAGUGAUUUUAUGACUGGUACACCAGCUAUUCCCGGCAAUCAAUUACCAAUGCAUGUUAUUAAAAAAAUGAUUGCCGAAAUAUCAACAGUACCAGGAAUAUCACGCGUAUUAUAUGAUUUAUCAUCAAAACCACCUGGUACCACUGAAUGGGAGUAAUGGACACUUAUUUUAAACUCACUCCUUUAUAUUUUUUCACCACCCGUUUGCGCGUAACGACUCCAGAAAUAACAAUAAUGAAAAAAAACUAUAUUUAAAAAACAAAACAAAAAUUAUGUCUAUUAAAAAAAAAAAGUUUUACGAAUCGAUAAGUUUAUGAAAUUAUUACUGAUUUAUAUAUGGAGAUAUUAUGAGCUAAAGGGGGCCUAUAGUUAUAAUUAUAACUUAUGACUAAAAUUACGCACUGCUCCUUUUGCUACGUUUAAUUAUAUACAUAAAAGAAAAAUAACAAAAAAUUAAUAAUGAUUUGUCAUUACGCCAAAAAAAAAAAAAAUGGUGGUAUUGUGUACAUUAAGGUUGAAGGUAAGUAUCAUGUUUGCUUGUAAAUAUGUUUCUAUUAGGUCAAUUGUAUAAAAUAAUAAUUUAUUCAAAACAAGAGUUAAAAAUAUUUAAAUAGUUAAAAUAAAAGCUAUUAACAAAGUUACGUCAUACACACACUCACACAUAUAUAUACACUUACAGAUCAUAUACAAUUAAUAUAACAGUAGCAUGGUCGUUAAAUAAGGGCGUGUUCAGAAAAACACUGGAGAUUUAGUCCAGUCGAUUCCGAAAUAGGAGACGUUCCCGAAAGUUGCUGCAAAUUUGGGUCGUCUAGAUGUCAUCUACACGCAUCUCCAGAAUAAAAAAGUCAUCCCAGGGGUUGAUGGGAAAAAAAAUAAAAACAGAUUUUUUCGAAAUAUUUCAUAAACAAAAAAAAUUCAUAAAAAAGUAUAAGAAAUUUUGUUUGUAUCUAAAAAAU